CACUUCCCUCCUGGUGUUGGCUUCAGUAUGGUGUUCCUACUGAUCUUCAUCUCAUCGCUCCUGGCGGCCGUUACGGCAGACGUUUCCUACGACAGCGGGCCCUCCUUCUCUCAUGACAAAGGAGACUCUGGUGGAGGCUUCCUGUCUGAAGGAGAAAAUGGGAGAGGAGGAAAAGGAGGAGGAGGAGGAGGAUAUACUAACAAAGGAAUAUCUUGUGGCACUGGCCGAGUGCCUCACGUUGACGGCACCUGCGUCACGCUUCAAGUGAUCACUAACCUGUAUGUGUACCGCCCCCCUGACGUAGAAACCAUAGUGGCGCCACGCCCUUCAGUGCCUCCUCCCCGAGUGGAGCACAACAUUGUGUUCAUCCACACUCCUGAGAGCCUCGUCAACCAGCAGCCCGUCGUGGUGCCUCCCCCACAGCAGAAGAACGUGGUGUACGUGCUUAGCAAGCGGACUCAGCAGGACCAGCAGGUGAUCCACGUGCCGGCACCCGAGCAGGAGGCACCAGAGAUCUUCUUCGUUAACUACGCCGAGGGAGAGAACCCUUCCCUGCCCACCGGCGGCGACCUGCAGUCCGCCCUCAGCAAGGCCUCGCAGGGCAGCGUCGAGGUGGUCCCUGGUAGCGUUGCCCUUGAUGGCGAGUAUACAAUUCCGCCCAGGCUCUACCGAAACCGCUCACCAAUCACGGCGCGUGUUUGCCUUGCGAGGCCGUGGUGGUGGGAGAGGCACUUGUUUACCUCGACGGAAUCCCGCGUGUGGGAAGGGGAGGGCGGGUGGCGGGCAGAAGACGCCAAGGAAAAGCAAUGUUUGCCGGGGAGUGAGAGGCUGGUGUAUAUAAGGGUGCGCGGCCCAGCCACCAGCACACUCUUCUUCACCAUGAAGCUUCUGGUCUUGUUCUCUGCUACCGUGGCAGUAGCCGUGGCUGAUGUGGGCUACGGUAGUGGCGCACCCUCCGGUGGCAGCUUCACCCAUGGUGGUGGAGGAUUUGGAGGAGGAGGAGGAGGAGGCUUUGGUGGUGGCUUUGGCGGUGGCUUUGGCGGUGGCUUCGGCGGUGGUAGCGGUGGUGGAGGAGGAUCUUGUGGCGCUGGCCAAGUGCGUCACGUUGACGGCAGCUGCGUCACGCCCCAGGUCACCCGCAACCUGUACGUCUACCGCGCCCCUGACGUGGCACCCAUUGUGGGACCGCGCCCUAAUGUUCCAGCACCCCGCUUGGAACACAACAUUGUGUUCAUCCACACUCCUGAGAGCCUCACCAACCAGCAGCCCGUCGUGGUGCCUCCCCCGCAGCAGAAGAACGUGGUGUACCUGCUGAGCAAGCGGCCUCAGCAGGACCACCAGGUGAUCCACGUGCCGGCACCCGAGCAGGAGGCGCCAGAGAUCUUCUUUGUCAACUACGCCGAUGGAGAGAACCCGUCCCUACCCACCGGCGGCGACCUGCAGUCGGCCCUCAGCAAGGCCUCGCAGGGCAGCGCUGGAGGUGUCAUCGGCGGCGGCAGCGGCGGCGGCAGCGGCGGCGGCAUUGGUGGUGGUUUCGGUAGUGGCGGCGGCAGCGGCAUCGGCGGUGAAUACACCCCCCCAUCCCCUCCCUCGGGCACCUACUCCACUCCCUAAGCGGCACACACUCACACACAGUAUAUUUAUGUCCUCCUUCCUGGACGCACUAUUUAUGUGGAACACCUGCUAUAAGCUACACUACAGAUUAGAGCUUCAAAUGUAAUAGUAUUGGUUGUCUCUUGUUACAAAAAGCAUAAAUUAUAAGAACAAUUAGA